CAACAUGGCUGGUGUCUUACGACAUUUUUUAGAGCAUUUGAGCCCUGAUCAACUUUUAGAACUAUUAUCUCGAUAUUUGGCGACACCAGAAUCAAAUCGUGACAGUGAAUUUUACUUGUCUUUGAAAUCGGUUGUCAUAACAUUGAAAGAACAAGACAAACUAUUGGAUGAUUUGGUGUGUCGUGUUACCCGAGAAUUAUGCCUUCCAGUAGUUCGAUUUGGAGAUUCACACGAAAACAGGCACGAAAUACACAUUGUAUACGAAAUCACAGCACUCUGUUGUGCAUUUGGUCCGAGAAAUCUAGUCCAAGAAGUUGCUAGUCUAUGUUUAGAAGGCCUUUCAAAUCACUCCAAAGAAAUAACCACCCAAACUGGGCUUCCUGUGGUGGUAUGUGUUGAUUUUAUCAGCUACUUGAUGAAGGAUGAUGUCAAGCAUGUUGUCAGUGAAGAUCUGAGAAAAGAAAUGUUUGAAAAGUUGUUGGCUGUAUUUAAUGAUUCUGAUGAGCUGAUGUGCAUGAAGAUUACUAGUUCUGUUCUUCCUCUAUUUUUAUCUCUUGAUACAGCCGAGGGACAAGAAAGGAUACGUAUUGUUUGGAGAAUGAUAAAAGAGAUGUCUGUUGACAAGCAUAAUGGCGAUGGCGUUAUCAAGUCCUGUUAUUCUAUUAUGUGUAGUCUGGCCGACUUUUUCAUUACUGAUAGCAGCAGUAGCAAUCAUAUACUAUGGGACUCAAGGUUCUGGGAACUUCUACAGGAAGGGCUCUAUAUUCAAGACCCAUUAUCCAGCAAGAGAUCUAUGUACCUACUAAAAAGGGCCCUGGAUCUUGUUGACAAGCAGAAACUCAACAUGGAGGUUAAAGGUGACUGUGGUGCUGUUAUAUUCUACUGGAAUACACAACAGAGAAAGUAUUUGAUGGAAAUAUGGGAAGAAUUYGUGCUGUUGAUGGAAACACUUAAUGAAACACAAGUUCAUGUUAUUAAACCAGUUCUUCCAAGGAUCUCUAAGAUUAUCACUGCCACCGAGAAAAAGCAAGAUGGUUCUCUAGCACUACACAUAACUUGGUUAACAACUGUUGUCAUCAAGGCUUCUUUACACCCAAGCAGAUAUAUUCGUAAAUGGGCUGUGAUGGAGAUCUUAACCAUGGACCUGGCUAGAAGCCCUCUACUUGUACCAACCAACUGGUCCUUUCUGUUAGGUCAUUUCCAAGCUAUGCUUAAUGAAUAUGCUAUUUAUGGACCAGAUGAUGAAACUGGUAAAGCAUCACCAAUUGGGACAGCACUUGUUUCCUUUUACGAUAGUUGUUUAUCAUCUCUUCCUAAAGAACAACAUGUAGACUUUCUUACUAAUCUACUGACUGCUAUAAAGAAUCAGAAGUUUACUUCUGUACCAAUGGUUUUCAUUUGCCAAUCCUUGUCAUGCAUUGACAACACUUGUGUGUUGGGUUCAGAUGCCUUACAGAAGAUGAGGAAUAUCCUGGUCCAGCUAAGAACGCAUCCUACACAGAUGAGAAUUCCAACAAAGGAAUUCAUUCUUUCAUCAGCUGCCAACCUUACAGACCCCAAUCUUCUUGACUGGGAUGUUAUCUUCCACUUCUUGGCAACAGGAAACUUAGAAGAGUGUCUUACAAGAGGGAGUUGGUUGUGGAAUGGUCUGUGUGAGUGGCUAUGGAAAAUAGAGUCACAGAAGCAAAAUGUCCACAACAAGGGAAAUUCAUCAAAUGGAAACCAUCUUUGCGAAGGAGUUUUUCAUUUUCUUGGAAAAAAAGUUGAAAGUUUUCUGAAUAAUUCAGACGUGCUUGAUGAUUCCAUAAAUAAUGAUACUGAAGCCCUUGGUCGCCUUAUCAUUGCUGCAGUUGAUACUCUUCAUAAAAACAAGUGUCGACAAGAUUAUCACAGCUCAUCUUUCAUUUCUCUCCUGAACAACAUGACACAGAUUUUUCAUGACGCAAGUACGCGACUGUAUAUGUCAGAGACAAAACUAUCAAAAGCCACAAAACUCUUGAGUACGAUACUACGAGUUUUGAAUUUCUCUGCCGAUGACUACACAAGUUCUCAUAAUCACGCGAUCAUUUUAUUGAGUCAAUCAUUAAAAAAAUCGUUGUCUGACAUCCUUAAUCUUAUGCAAAGAAAACUAACGACUUCUGACGAUGAAUUGUCUUCAGGAAAGACGUACCUUGAUUUGUGCAACUCUUUGCAUUGCUUUUUUGCAGAUUCAGAUUUUGCUGCGAACAGCUCGUUGAAAUCAAGUCGAGCAGAGUUUUACAAGUUCGUUGAAAAUGUUGUUGAAAUCAAUGCAAAGACAAUACAGCGUUUCCAAGCAAGUCAAAAUUAUGAACUCAAAGAAUUGGUACAUUUUCAGCAAUCAGUCUUAUUUGUUGCCUGGUAUUGUGAAAUAAUACCAAAAUGUAAAGAAGACCUUUCAGCCUCUGCUUCGGAACAAAUAUUAUAUGCUAUUCCAUCAUUCCAGUUGAACAUGGAAUUCAAGAAGCUAGAAAUGGUUAAAAGCGUAAAGAAUGAAGACAGCAAAGCAAAUAAUGCUGCAAAAGGCAGUUCAUCAUGGGGAAACGUUGUGUCAGAAUUAAUGAGCGCACUGUGGACAAUAUCUGCCUUCUUCUUACAACACAAUGUAGAUCACAAGGCAGAAACAAGUGAAACUGUUGUCAUUACAAGUCCAAUCAAAGAUGUCUUAGGAGCUGCAAUAGAUGCUUUAGAUAUUACUUCUAACGUUCUGCCAAUCAUCAAGACCAUUGGCCUUCUGAUCCCUAACCUUCUUCAGACAGAUGUGGAUUCUUGUAGCCGAUCACUCGAUGUAGUCUGGAAAACCUUAAGAGACAUGUGGAGCAACACGACAUUUUGGGAAGAUUUGCCAGUAUUCUUGAAUGUAUUUUUUAGUCCUGUACUGCUCAUGCUCCCAAAAGAUCAUCCACUGACUAAAAAGAUCAAAUGGUACUUAGAGACGCUUUUGAAUGAAGGAGAAAGCCGUCCAGGUGUGAUGCACGCUGUCAUCCUGCAGCUAAGUAGUGUUUGGGUCAGUGAAUUAAAGGCAGAGUGCCAUAAGAGUCUACAGGUUCACCUAGACAUCGUCAUUCAGAUGUUGCUGUUUGGUCCAAUGGUCGGUAAAGCAAAUAGGAUUGAAUCUCACGUUGAAUCCUACCUUCGUCACCUUGGUAGCCAAUCCUCUUUAAGUGCACAGUCAUUGGACAUGCGCGAUGACAGUCAAGUCCGUGUUACCAUGAUCAAUGUCUUGUUAGCCUUAGACUCUACCAACACUUACAACCAAGACCUAUUCAAGAGUAUUAUUCGUAGUCUCAUCGUGUGGGAUCAAGAAAUAAACACUACACAGACUACUAUUUACAUCAACUCUCUGUAUCACCGCAAGAAACACCGCGCAUGGCAAACAAUCCUGGUACUUUUGCCGCUGGCUAUGAAACGCGAUACUGAAGGCUACUUUGCGAGAGAGAUUCUUGAGAAUGUUUUCACAUCAAUGCAGGAUCAAAACCAGGUGUCAGUGCAGAACUUUCAGCAGUGGAUUGCACUCAACAUCUUGACGGGGAAUCCAUACCUGACAACACUACUCUGGGAUGAACUGCUCUAUCACCAAGAUAAAAAAGUCGGCAGGACGGCAUUACUGGUUACCAUAGCAAUGCUGUAUGCUGUUCAUUGUGUACCCACUGAUCAAGGAAAACGAGAUCUCGUUUUCAACUCUGCAAUAAAUGCAACAUUCCCCUGGGUGACAGCCAGUCAUCGUAAUGUACGCGUGAUUGCACAAGUGGCUGUCCAGAAGAUGUGGUAUUGCUGCGUAUCCGAGAACCUGCUGUGGGUGUUAAAAGAAAACCCCAUUAUAGAGCCUUGCUUGGCACUUAUCAAGGCGGCUAACGACACCCUGGCGGAGAAGAUUCGACUUCUUGAAUCCUACUUCGUUUUUGACUUCCACCCUAUACGAGAUUUGUCUAUGGAGACUAUCUUCUACACUAUUCCAAAGCAUUCAGGGAUCACACAAGAAGAGUGGGUGGAACCCAAAGAUUUUCAGCGAUCUGUACUUGGGAAGACUGUUUGGGUCGAACCCGACGAGUUUCAACAAUCACCUUUCGUGGACAGCAUAUGGAGUAGCUUACAAAGAAUACCACUGUACAAUAAAGACCGCAGGCUCGCUAACUUUCAAACCAUGCCAUAUGACAAUAAAGAGAAGUUUGGUGUUCAUUUAGAACGAAGAAUUCGCGAGGAAAGAAAACCGAGUUUGAAAGUGGUUGAAACCGAGAUUAAGCCGGCUGGUCAAGAAUCUGACAACGCUGUCUUGAAUGUUCAAAAGAAAAUGAUCGCGUGGAAGAUCGUCCCCCCGGAAGAGGUAAUGAUGGCCGACCUACAGCAGCAGAGGAUGCUUGCUUUACAAAAGUCAUCUGGGGGCAACCUCGUAGUCGUAGCCUCGYUGAUUGACAAGGCACCGAACCUAGGAGGACUGUGUCGAACCUCGGAGAUCUUUGGCGUGAGGAAACUGGUGCUAGGGAGCACAGACAUCAUGAAAGACCAUAAUUUUAAGACCUUAAGUGUCAGUUCAGCCAAGUGGAUUGACAUCGAACAGGUUCGACUAGCGGAGCUUAAAGGAUACCUACGAGACAUGCGGCAUCAAGGCUACACGCUGAUUGGUGUAGAACAAACGGCCAAUAGCCAGCCUCUGACCCUGUACCAGUUCCCUCAUGAUGCUUUAUUGUUGCUAGGCAACGAAAAGGAAGGCAUCCCGGCUGAUUUGAUUCAGUUGCUGGAUGAAUGUGUGGAGAUCCCACAGGUCGGUAUUAUUCGUUCUCUUAAUGUACACGUCAGUGGAGCGCUCCUUAUAUGGGAAUACACAAGACAGCGCCUGCUUACUGCACACAGUACCGCUGAAUAAAACGACGCACAACAAAUAAUCGGCAAGACAAAUCCGUGGCAAGACAUAUUCAAACAUUUCAAAAGUGAUUCAUUCAUUUACUGCUCAAGGCAAUUUAUUUUUUAGCUUACCGUCGUAUUUUCAAGAGUGUUUUUAUAAUAUGAAGUAAACUUAGCGGAACACUUAUGAUUUUAAUGCUUGUCUGCAAACGAGACUCAUCAAGGAAGUCGCUUCACGUACUCUAGACCAUCGCUUGUUCGGCGCUUGUUUGAUUUUUUGGUUUUAUAACUAAACUACCGCGGUAAAAGAAAAUGAAACAAAUAGAAAAUGGUAAUUAAGGUAUUGAAUGUAAAAAGACUUGGAGCACUUUAGAAUUGCGUGGUGCGAAUUGUUCUUUGAUAAUCAAAAUAGGAUGUUUUAUGAAUUCAUAAUGGUCAAUAUUUUGUUUUUUAUUUUUAUUAGUAAGUAAAUA